GGGAAAAAAGUGUGUCAUCCGCGGUCCGUGUCGCGUGUGAAUUUGGUAACAAACGGAAAAGGAGCAGUCCCGUCCCGUGGUGCGCCAGGUUUCGGAGAAAGAUAUCCGUCGAAAAGUCAGACUCAUCCCCCGGGAUUGGGACGCGAAUCAUCAUCACUCUUUCGGUCGGAUAGAGGCAGUGCGUGUAUAGUUUUUCCUCGUACAAAAGCCGCCCCCGGAAAGCCAGAAGAAGAGAUACCUCGGAUUGUGGGUUGGGAAGAUAGUGCGCAAGAAAGAGAUAGUGUGCCUGUGUGUGACCGUAUAAGAAAAGUGCUGAGUGUUCUGUUGUUGUACAUGUUUGGCCGAAAUUUGCUGGCCAUUCCGGUGUUCCCUUGGUGUCCCUGAGAUUGGUGACACACGCGCCACAGUGUUUGGGGUUCCCCGCCGGAUAGUUCCGUUCAGAUUGGUCCGCUACGUAUAGAGGACAGGACAUCGAGGAAGCCGCGACAGAAUUAUUGAUGAGGAGAAGCUGAACCAGACUCCAAAAUGAUUCUGCUCGAGAUCAAUAACCGGAUUGUGGAGGAAACCCUGACUGUCAAGUACAAGAAUGCUAUCGCUGGCAACAAAGCGGAAUCCAUAGAUGUCACUGUGGCGGACUUUGAUGGUGUGUUAUUUCACAUUUCCAACAUCAACGGCGACAGAACUAAAGUGAGAACGAGUAUAUCGCUCAAGUUCUACAAACAGCUACAGGAGCACGGAGCAGAUGAACUGCUAAAGCGAGAGUACGGAGACCUGCUCAUCACGCCGGAAGACGGCUACAACGUUUCGGUCCUGGUCGACCUGGAGCAGAUCCCCGACAACUGGGAGGAAAUUGUGCGGAAGAUCGGCCUACUGAAGCGAAACUGUUUUGCGUCGGUGUUCGAAAAGUACUUCGACUUCCAGUCCCAGGGCGAAGGAGAAGGCGAAGGCCAGAAGCGAGCGGUGAUCAACUACCGAAAUGACGAGACUAUGUACGUGGAAGCAAAGUCAGACCGAGUGACGGUCGUGUUUAGUACGAUAUUCCGCGACGAGGACGACGUAGUGUUAGGCAAAGUGUUUAUGCAAGAGCUGCGCGAAGGACGGCGGGCAUCACACACGGCACCGCAAGUGCUGUUCUCCCACAGGGAACCUCCGCUCGAGCUGGCCAACACCGGUGCACGGGUAGGGGAGAACAUCGGAUAUGUUACGUUUGUAUUAUUUCCAAGGCAUACAUCAAAAGAAACACGUGAUAACACAAUUAAUCUAAUCCAUAUGUUCCGUGAUUACUUGCAUUAUCAUAUUAAGUGUUCGAAAGCGUACAUCCAUUCACGAAUGCGAGCAAAAACGUCGGAAUUCCUGAAGGUGCUCAACCGUGCUCGUCCCGAGCCGAAAAAUACGGAAAAGAAAACCAUUACUGGGCGAUCAUUCAUCAGAAAAGAAUGAUUUUGGAACUCAUCGGACAUCUAGUUGUUAAAUGUGUAAGUAAAUAUUUACUCUAAUAAAGCUUGGGCUGCGAUGA